AUGCCAAUACCAAGUAGCCCAUCACACGACGAUGACGACGACGACGACGACGACGACGACGACGACGGCGACGCGGCGGAAGCAACCGAACUGGUGGCAGGAGAACCAGAAGUUACAGGCGGAGAAGAAGCUGGUUGGCUUGAAGUGGUAGAUGUCGAAGUGGGAAGUGGACAACCAAUGCCAAUACCAAGUAGCCCAUCACACGACGACGACGACGACGACGCGGCGGAAGCAACCGAACUGGUGGCAGGAGAACCAGAAGUUACAGGCGGAGAAGAAGCUGGUUGGCUUGAAGUGGUAGAUGUCGAAGUGGGAAGUGGACAACCAAUGCCAAUACCAAGUAGCCCAUCACACGACGACGACGACGACGCGGCGGAAGCAACCGAACUGGUGGCAGGAGAACCAGAAGUUACAGGCGGAGAAGAAGCUGGUUGGCUUGAAGUGGUAGAUGUCGAAGUGGGAAGUGGACACCCAAUGCCAAUGCCAAGUAGCCCAUCACACGACGACGACGAUGACGCGGCGGAAGCAACCGAACUGGUGGCAGGAGAACCAGAACUUACAGGCGGAGAAGAAGCUGGUUGGCUUGAAGUGGUAGAUGUCGAAGUGGGAAGUGGACAACCAAUGCCAAUGCCAAGUAGCCCAUCGCACGACGACGACGACGCGGCGGAAGCAACCGAACUGGUGGCAGGAGAACCAGAACUUACAGGCGGAGAAGAAGCUGGUUGGCUUGAAGUGGUAGAUGUCGAAGUGGGAAGUGGACACCCAAUGCCAAUGCCAAGUAACCCAUCGCACGACGACGACGACGACGCGGCGGAAGCAACCGAACUGGUGGCAGGAGAACCAGAACUUACAGGCGCGCUUGAGACUGAUUGGCUCGAAGUGGUAGAUGUCGAAGUGGGAAGUGGACACCCAAUGCCAAUGCCAAGUAACCCAUCACACGACGACGACGACGACGCGGCGGAAGCAACCGAACUGGUGGCAGGAGAACCAGAACUUACAGGUACGCUCGAAGUUGGUUGGCUCGAAGUGGGAGAUGAUGAGGGAGCUGGACAACCAAUCCCAAAACCGAGCAGUCCAUUGCAGGAUGAUGUUGUGGCGGGAGCCGCCGAACUGGUGGCAACAGAACCAGAACUUGCAGGCGUGCUCGAAGCAGGUUGGCUUGAAGUGGGAGAUGGCGAGGGAGGUGAGCAACCAACCCCUAAACCAAGCAGUCCGUUGCAAGAUGACGUUGUGGUAGAUGAUGGAUUGGAGUUGGAUGAUGCAACAGCAGUGGUGGUAGAAAUUGAUGCUGGCGAGCUAGACGGGGUGGUCGUGGGCGGAGUACAACCUAUAUCUAACCCUAAGAGCCCAGUGCAUGACGAGCCGGUCGAUGACACAGAGGUUGAGGGGCUAGAGCUUGUAGUAGGCGUACCAGUGCCUGUGGACGAGACCGUCCCGCUGCUGGACACAGAGGACGAUGGGGCACUGGUACCAAGUCCGCUUCCAACCCCACUCAAUAUGCCAUCUGAGAACCAGUCCAUUAGAACAUCACCCAAACUAAAUAAUGAACGAAAUACACACCGAGACCACUUAAAAUGCCAUCAGGAGCUCUUUUCUUGA